GAAACCUCCCGUCUUUUCUCUCUUGCUCUUAUCCUUAGAAAACCAUCUUUGAAGAUAAUUGUUACUCCAACUGGCAGACCAAACCGAACCAAGCCAUGGCAAGUUCUCCAACCCCCAUCUCUGCACUUAAUUUCACUAACCCAAUACUGCCCAGAAGGCCUUCUUCACCUUCCAUGUUAAUCCCGAGAGCCAUGGCCAAAGAGCUUUACUUCAACCGCGACGGUUCAACCACAAGGAAGCUUCAGGCAGGGGUGGACAUGGUGGCUGAGCUGGUUGGGGUGACUUUGGGUCCCAAGGGAAGGAAUGUAGUAUUGCAGAACAAGUAUGGACCCCCAAAAAUUGUAAAUGACGGUGAAACUGUUCUCAAAGAGAUUGAAUUGGAGGACCCUUUGGAGAAUGUUGGAGUUAAAUUGGUGAGACAGGCUGGUGCCAAAACAAAUGACCUUGCUGGCGACGGUUCCACUACUUCAGUCAUUCUUGCCCAGGGUCUGAUUGCUGAAGGCGUGAAGAUUAUUGCUGCUGGUAUGAAUCCUGUUCAAGUUGCUCGUGGGAUUGAGAAGACUGCAAAUGCCCUUGUGUCUGAACUCAAACUGAUUUCCAGAGAGGUUGAAGAUCAUGAAAUAGCACAUGUUGCUGCAGUUAGUGCAGGCAAUGAUUAUUCAGUGGGAAACAUGAUUGCUGAUGCUCUUCGUCAAGUGGGAAGGAAGGGAGUAGUGACAAUAGAAAAAGGGAAAGGCACCGAGAACAAUCUACAAAUUGUAGAAGGAAUGCAAUUUGAUCGUGGAUAUCUGUCCCCAUACUUUGUAACAGAUCGACAGAAGAUGACAGUGGAGUUCCAUAAUUGCAAGUUACUUUUGGUCGACAGAAAAAUCACAAACCCAAAGGAGAUGUUUGGAAUACUGGACAGUGCAGUUAAAGAGAAGUAUCCCAUUGUGAUAGUUGCAGAGGGCAUUGAGAAGGAAGCUCUAGCUCCAGUAAUCAGAAACAAACUCAGGGGUGUGCUGAAGGCAGCUGCUAUUAAGGCUCCGGCCUUUGGUGAGCGCAAGAGCCACUACUUAGAUGAUAUUGCCAUCUUAACUGGAGGCACUGUAAUCAGAGAUGAGAUGGGGUUGAGCCUUGAAAAGUCUGGCAAGGAGGCAUUGGGCUCAGCUUCUAAGGUUGUGAUAACUAAGGAUUCUACACUAAUAGUUACAGAUGGGAGCACCCGCGAAUUUGUUGAAAAUCGGGUUUCUCAACUCCAGGGGCUUGUUAAGAACUCAGAAGAAAAAUUUCAAAAGAAGUUAUUGAGUGAGAGAAUUGCUAGGUUGUCAGGGGGAAUUGCUAUUCUGCAGGUAGGAGCACAAACACAAGUUGAGUUGAAGGAUAAACAACUCAGGAUUGAAGAUGCUUUGAAUGCAACCAAGGCAGCAAUUGAGGAAGGUGUGGUAGUUGGUGGGGGCUGUACCCUUUUGAGGCUAUCUACAAUGGUAGAUGGUAUCAAACAACACUUGGACAAUGAAGAACAGAAGAUUGGGGCUGAGAUCUUCAAAAGAGCUCUGAGUUACCCUGCUAGAUUGAUAGCCAAAAAUGCAGGUGUAAAUGGAAAUCUGGUGAUUGAAAAGGUUCUUUCUAAUGAUGAUAUUAGGUAUGGAUACAACGCUGCAAGAGAUUGUUACGAGGAUUUGGUGAAGGCUGGAAUCAUCGAUCCAUCAAAGGUAGUUAGAUGUUGUUUGGAGCAUGCUGCUUCCGUAGCCAAGACUUUCCUGACAUCCGAUGCUGUUGUAGUUGACAUUAAAGAACUACAGCCCAUCCCAAGGAGACCACCAAUGCCAACCAUCCCGAGGAGACCACCAAUGCCAACCUCAGGUAUCAACCCAAUCGGCUUUUAGUUUGGUCGGUGGCCUUACACACCAAGGCAGCUCUUACAGAAGUAAUAAGAGUCAUCAUAAAAGUUCUAAAGUUUACCCAUACAAUGGUGCUGAUGUUCGAGACCAGAUUUGCCAGGGUAGCCAAUUACAAUUAAGUUCCUUCACAACGAGUGGGUAUUUGACAUAAGGAAACAAGAAUAUCCUCUGCGAAUUUGUAGCAGUAGGACAUGUUAAUCUGAAGAGGAAUCUGUAAGGUGGCUGCCUAGUUUAGCUCACUUCUGAAAGGGAAAUGCUGCUGUACUAGUGAUGUUGCUUUCCUAGCUAAUGACGGAGGCUGGUUUUUGGUGUGGAAUUGGAAACUGAGCCUCAAAGUCAAAGGAUAAUGAAGAAGUUAUCUUCAAGUGCAUUAGUCCCAAAAUAUGUUCACAAAAGCAUAUAUUUGAAGUUUGCUCUGACCUGUUACGUCUUAAUAAAUACGAGGGGUCUCCCUGCCUUUCUCCAUGAAAUGUCAA